CCGCGUCUUUGCAGGAUACCCCCCUGCUUCCUUGCCGCUCCUCCGCCCUCCGUGUCUGGGGCUGCGGGGAGCCCGCGGGGCCCGAGGAGAUCCCUGGGCUGAGGUGGCGGCUCCGGCUCCGGCUCCAUCAUGUCUGCUGGAGGGGACUUCGGAAACCCCUUGAGGAAAUUCAAGCUGGUGUUCUUGGGGGAGCAGAGCGUUGGAAAGACGUCUUUGAUCACCAGAUUCAUGUAUGACAGUUUUGAUAACACCUACCAGGCAACAAUUGGCAUUGACUUUUUAUCAAAAACAAUGUAUUUGGAAGAUCGAACAGUACGGUUGCAAUUAUGGGACACAGCAGGUCAAGAGCGGUUCAGGAGCUUGAUCCCUAGCUACAUUCGUGACUCCACUGUGGCAGUUGUUGUUUAUGAUAUCACAAAUGUAAACUCAUUCCAGCAAACCACAAAAUGGAUUGAUGAUGUCAGAACGGAAAGGGGAAGUGAUGUCAUCAUUAUGCUAGUGGGAAAUAAAACUGAUCUUGCUGACAAGAGGCAAGUAUCUAUUGAGGAGGGAGAGAGGAAAGCCAAAGAGCUGAAUGUUAUGUUUAUUGAAACCAGUGCAAAAGCAGGAUACAAUGUAAAACAGCUUUUCCGACGUGUGGCCGCAGCCUUGCCUGGAAUGGAGAGCACACAGGACAAAAGCAGAGAAGACAUGAUUGACAUAAAACUGGAAAAGCCUCAGGAGCCACCAGUCAAUGAAGGAGGCUGUUCCUGCUAAUACCAUGUGGCUUCUUGAAUCCUUCCCCAGAACCUCACUGCUUUUGCCCCCUUAUUCUUCAUUGACUGCAGUGUGAAUAUUGGCUUGAACCUUCCCCCUUCAGUAAUAACGUAUUGCGAUUCAUCAUUGCUGGCUGUCUCGUGGAGAUGAUCUAUUAGCUUCACAAGCACACACACACACA